AUGGGCAGAUUAGAGAUUUGCAUCGAUUCAUAUGAAUCUGCCGCCAAUGCUGUGAGUGGAGGAGCUCAUCAACUCGAGGUAUGCAGUUCGUUGGCCUUGGGCGGUCUGACACCAUCUAUAGGUUUGGUCCGCCGUCUGCGAGCCUCCUUCCCGGAUAUGCCACUGUUCGUUAUGAUCCGACCACGAGGUGGCGACUUCAUCUACACGAAGGACGAGGUCAACGUAAUGCUGGAGGACUUGAGAGCGAUGAAAAACAUCGGAGUCACCGGAUUCGUCUUCGGUGCAAUGGACAGUACCGGAGCUCUUGACGUAGAUGUGUGCAAACGUCUAAUACAAGCUGCCCGACCAUCGCCCUGUACUUUGAGCCGAGUCUUCGAUCUCAUUAAAGAUUGGAGACUGGCUCUGAAGCAAGCCAUCGCGAUGGGCUUCAAAACCGUUCUUACCAGUGGACAAGCAACAACAGCUGUGGAUGGUCGUGACAGGCUGAAGAAAAUGAGGGAUGAAGCACGAGACCAGAUAAAUAUUAUGGCAGGUUCUGGCGUGAAUUCGAAAACGCUUCCAACAUUACUAUCUGAAACUAGUUGUUCAUGGUAUCAUGGCUCUGCUUCCGUCGCUGUGGAAUCCAAGAUGCCGAAAAGCCGAGUUAAAAUGGGCUCCAUGGACACAGAUGUUCAACGAGUGACUAGCAAGGAAGAAGUGCGAACAAUGCGAGACCUCAUAGACCAAUUCUUUGGAAGUGGACCUAUUGUGACACCAUAUUACUAG